UGCUUCCGCGUUUGAGGGCACUCAGUUCUGUCCAGCAACGGUGGCACUUCCUAAAGUCCCGAAAUGCCAGCUAGAAGAUCACUGAAACUAGAUGAUCGGUUUGUGAAAAAGUCAUUUAGUCCUUCAAAAUACAGAAGGAAGAAAAGUAUUACAACUUACUCUCCAACAACUGGAACUUAUCAAAUGAGCCCAUUUUCUUCUCCCACAACCCCCAAAGAACAAGAGUGCGGAAACGGACCAUCAAAUGGAAAGACAAAGCAGAAUAACCUCAGCUCACCUGCAAGAGAGGAAUCCACAGCAAAAGACAGUGAUGAAUUCAUGGUGUUGCUAUCUAAAAUUGAGAGAUCAGCAGAAAACACCAUGGAGAUAAUGAAGAAUUUAAGUAGUAUACAGGCUUUGAAGAACAACAGACGACUUGAAGAUCUCAUUGGUGUUACCCUGGUCCCAUGUUCCUUAAAAAAUGAAGUAGAGAAAACUAGAACACUAAUGACAAAAGCAACAGAACAAAAGCUGUUUGAUAAGAAGAGUUCAAGAAUUCCCCCCAAAGAACAUCAUCUUGACAGUUUCAAAUUCCUUAAAGCCAUUUUGAACUGAGUGUUACCUUCAAGUCUGACAACUGUGUCAAUCUACAUGAG